UUGCCACAGUUCAUGAUUGAAGGUGUUCCACUCCCUCGCUAAUAUCAACGCCGCAAGGCUUGCUAGCAGCUGCAGUCACCAUGCAAGUCUCACACUUCCUCAGUAGCCACCAACUUUCCUGCACUACACAUGGCCAGAAAAUGAUCCUCCACCGCUUCUCGCCACCGUCUUCCACCGUCAGAUUCCAUCCACCAUCAGAUCGGUCUAUCACUGUUGCCGUGGCUGCUCCACCACAGCAACUAAAGCACCAAAAGACACACUCAAUGCCAUCAGAGAAGAUGGAAAUAUUCAAGUCAUUGGAUAAUUGGGCUACGCAAAAUGUCUUACCACUUCUAAAACCUGUAGACCAAUGCUGGCAGCCCCAGAACUUCUUGCCUGACUCUUCGUCAACAAUUUCUGAUUUCACUGAUCAGGUGAGGGCCCUACGUGAUCGGACGGAUGGGCUUCCAGAUGAGUAUUUUGUGGUGUUGGUGGGUGACAUGAUCACCGAGGAUGCUUUGCCUACGUAUCAAACCAUGAUCAACACGCUCGAUGGGGUUAGAGAUGAGACUGGGGCCAGCCUGAGCCCAUGGGCCACUUGGACCCGGGCCUGGACUGCCGAGGAGAAUCGGCAUGGAGAUUUGCUGAGAUCUUAUUUGUAUUUAUCGGGUCGGGUUGACAUGCUAAUGAUUGAGAAGACUGUUCAGUAUCUGAUCGGAUCUGGCAUGGAUCCUGGGACAGAAAACAACCCAUAUUUGGGGUUUGUGUACACGUCAUUUCAAGAGCGAGCCACCUUUGUCUCACAUGGCAACACGGCUCGCUUGGCUAAAGAGGGAGGUGAUCCAGUGCUAGCGCGCAUCUGUGGUACCAUUGCAUCAGACGAGAGACGCCACGAGAAUGCUUACGCUAAGAUCGUUGAAAAGCUCCUUGAGGUGGACCCCACGGGCGCAAUGCUGGCUAUAGGAGACAUGAUGCGUAAGAAAAUCACGAUGCCAGCCCACUUGAUGUACGAUGGGCAGGACCCGCAUCUCUUUGAGCACUUCUCAUCCGUGGCCCAGCGGCUUGGGGUUUACACGGCUGAAGAUUAUGCGGAUAUUUUGGAGUUCUUGAUUGGACGGUGGAGAUUGGAGAAGCUAGAGGGGUUGACGGGUGAGGGAAGACGUGCACAGGAUUUUGUGUGCGGGUUAGCCCCGAGGAUUAGAAAGCUGCAGGAGCGAGCUGAUGAGAAAGCUAAAAAGAUGAAGCCACUGAGCGCGAGGUUUAGCUGGAUUUUCAACAAGGAGAUCGCCUUGUAGGAUUUCGUUUCAGUCUUUGGAAAAGAAGUGUCGUAUCUCGUUUUCUGUUUCCUUUUUAUGGGCCUUGGUUCCAUUAUAGGAGUAAUAAGUUGGGCUUUUUAUCCAUAGAAUAUAGAAUGCAAUGACGUUUGAAUUU